AUGCAUCGGCAAGACCAACAUCACCAUAGCAGCAACCGUUACAACAACAACAACAACAACAUCAGUUGCGGCAACAACAAGAACAACAAUUGCAACAUCUACAAGAAGAACUUCCGGUCUCUACUUUUGAUGUUUCUGAUGAUGACGUCAUCGUUAGUGAUGUGUCAAAUAGAAAAGAAGCUUCGGUACUCGGUGAAAGAGGAGGUGAAGGUUGGCCAUGUGAUCGGUACUGUUGGUGAUGCUUACAAGAGAUACGGCGCCAAAUCGAAUUUGAAAUACAAAUUCCUGAACCAGCAACCGACAUGGCUGAAGAUAGAUGAGGACACGGGAACUAUGAUCAUAACCGAAAGCAACUGCAACAAGCAUUUUACCAGCAGCAGCAACAACGACAACAACUUCAACAACAACUGCAACAAUCUAUCCACGAACAAUUGCUACAUCAACAUCAACUUUUUCUUCGCCGUCAACAAAAACAUUUUAACAGUAAAAUAA